AUGGGAAACUAUAUCACUAAAUUAGAUAAGGAAGCAAAUAGCAAAGCCCAUGCUUCAAAACGUACUCUUAAUUCACAGAUAGCUCAAGUGGUCUGGGAGCUUCAAGAUGAAGAAGUCCUACAGAGACACAGGAUUUUACUCCAAGUUGAUGAUAUUUCUUUGAACAGGGGCAGGUGGCAACAGUUGAAUAAUACUGAACUCUGGAUAAAAGAUGAUGGAAAAUCGGUUCAAACAAUUGAUCUUCAUGAGGUGACCGAGAGACAAAAGGUGUCUGGUGGUGACUUAAUCAUUGGUGGCAUUAGUUCUUUUAUCUUCGUGCCUAAAGAUGUACAAAACUUUGAAGAAGAUCCUCAUCAUUCAACUGUUGGUGAACCCCUAAUCCUUACAAAGUAUUAUCAGCAUAUUUUGGCCUUGAUAUUUGCUGUGAAGAAGAUCAAUGAAGACCUCCAGCUAUUAUCUAACAUCACCUUGGGCUUCAGAAUCUAUGAGACUUAUGGUGGAGAAUACACAUAUCAUGCCACAAUGGAACUUUUCUCCAGUCAGAACCAAUUUAUUCCCAACUACAAGUGUGACAUCAUGAACAAACUCAUAUCAGUUGUUGGGGCUAUCGAGCCUGCAAUAUCUUUCGAUAUGGCAGAUAUUUUAGGCAUGUACAAAGUUUCACAGUUCCUAUACGGUCCUACCCCAAGUAUGGAUGGUAAAACUGAUAUCCCUUUCUACUACCAUAUGGUUCCAGAUGAGAAGUUCAGUUUUAGGGGAAUUCUUCAAAUACUUUUGCACUUCCAGUGGACUUGGGUCGGGAUCCUAGUAAAGGGACACGGUGGACCAAAUUUUGAGAAAUUAAUUUUUUCAGAGUUUUCUGUCAAUGGCAUCUGCAUUGCCUUCUUAGAGCAACUCAGGCCAAUUUAUAUUAACAGCGUGUCUGAUGGCCUGAAAUGGCUUGUGGAAACCUUCUAUAUUUUUAUUAACAGCAAAGCUAAUGCUGUGAUAAUCAAUGAUAACUAUGUUCUACAUUUGAGAUGGUUGUUAUAUGUACCUGAAAUGGAAUCAAUAUCUAUAAAGCCUAAAGGUAAGGUGUGGAUUGUGACCAAUCAAAUGGGCCUUGCCUCAUUCUUUUAUCAAAGGACCUGGGAUAUCCAAAACCUCCAAGGCGCUCUGUCCUUUGUGACUUCUUCAAAUGAAGUUGAAGGAUUUCAGCAUUUUCUUCAGACAAGAAACCAUUCUUUAUUCUCUCACCAAGAUGGUUUCAUAAAAGAUGUUUGGGAGCAUGCAUUUGGCUGUGUAUUUUCAAAAUCUUCUUUGAAUGAGGAAAUUGAAGGUGUCUGCAGUGGGAAGGAGAAACUGGAGACCCUUCCUGGGGCUUUUUUUGAAAUGAAGAUGACCAGUCAUAGUUACAGUAUAUACAAUGCAGUGUAUGCUGUGGCACAUGCUUUACAUGCCAUGCAGUUGGGCCAACAACCACACAGGAGAAUAUUGAGUGGCAGGACACUGCAUCUCCAUGAUCCACAGCCAUCACAGCUUCACUUCUUUUUGAAAAGGCUCUCAUUUAACAAUAAUGUUGGACAUAAAAUUUCUUUUGACCAAAACGGAGAAUUGAUUUCAGGACUGGAUAUUGAGAAUUGGAUUACUUUCCCCAACCAGUCCUUUCAUCGAGUGAAAGUUGGGAAACUGGAUCCCUGGGCUAAUGAAGACCAAAUGUUCACCAUCCAUGAGGAAGCCAUCACUUGGCACAGGACUUUCAACCAAACAUUACCUAUUUCAGUGUGUACUGAGAGCUGCCGCCCUGGUUAUUUCAGGAAAAAACAAGAGGGGAAGCCAUUUUGCUGCUAUGAUUGCCUUCCAUGCCCUGAAGAGAAAAUUUCAAAACAGAAGGACAUGGAUGGCUGCUCCAAAUGCCCAGAAGAUAAAUAUCCAAAUAAGGACCAAGAUUCAUGUCUUCCCAAAAAAAUAUCUUUUCUGUCCUAUGAAGAACCAAUGGGAAUAGGUUUAGUCAUUCUGGCACUUGUCUUUGUUCUCUGCACUAUUGUGGUAAUGGCAAUAUUUUUGAAGUAUCAUCAUACUCCCAUCGUCAAGGCCAAUAACCAAAACCUCACCUACAUUCUACUUGUCUCCCUCCUCCUCUGUUUCCUUUGUUCACUGCAGUUCCUCAUUGCACCUGGCAAUAUAAUAUGUCUCUUCAGACAAAUCAGCUUUGGCAUCAUCUUCUCAGUGGCUGUGUCUUCUGUGCUAGCAAAAACCAUCACUGUGGUUUUGGCUUUCAUGGCCACCAAGCCAGGAUCCAGGAUGAGGAAAUGGGUGGGAAGAAGAUUGGCCACCUUCAUUAUUCUUUUUUGUUCCUUGUUUCAAACAGGCAUCUGCAUGAUCUGGUUGCUCACAUUUCCUCCUUUUCCUGACAUUGAUACUCAUUCAGAAAUUGAGGAAAUGAUAAUGCAGUGCAAUGAAGGCUCAGCUGUCAUGUUCUACUGUGUCCUGGGCUUCAUGGGCUUUCUGGCAGCUGCCAGUUUCACAGUAGCGUUUUUCUCCAGGAAUCUCCCCAGCAGUUUCAAUGAGGCCAAAUGUCUCACUUUCAGCAUGCUGAUCUUCUGCAGUGUUUGGAUUUCCUUUGUUCCAUCCUACCUGAGCACCAAAGGCAAAUACAUGGUGGCUGUGGAGGUUUUCUCUAUUUUGGCUUCCAGUGCUGGAUUGCUGGGCUGCAUAUAUUUCCCCAAAUGUUACAUAAUUAUUUUUAAGCCAGAGCUAAACAACAGGGAACAACUUAUUAAGAGAAACUCUUAA